UCGAACCCGGGCUGCACGCAUGCCAGGAGAGCGCGUUACCGCUUGAGCCACAUCCCCAGCCCUCAGCAAAACUCUUGACUCAAAAAAUGAAGAAGGCUGGGUGUCUCUCAGUGGAUGAUGGCAGCCCAGGAAGCCAGUCCAGGCAGCCAGUCAGGAGAGAGUUGUGCUUUGGACUUACCAUCAGCAAGCGACAUAAGAGACUAUGUGCUGCAGAGACCCAGCCAGGAGGCCAACAGCGAGGCUCUUAGUUCUGUGGAAUGCCAUUCUUUUCCUUGCUCUUCUGAUGUGGAUCCAGACAGCAGUAAUCCAAAUACUGAACAAAAAGACUCCUGGACUUCUGAGAACAUCUGGUUUGACAUUUCUAUGAAAGGCCAAUCAGAGAUCACAGAGGAGGAGGAUGAACUUCGGAAAUCCCUGGAUAGAUUCUAUGAAGUGUUUGGCCAUCUGCAGCCAGUCUCUGGGAAUCUUCUCUCUGCAUCUGUCUGCCAUUGCCUGUCUCAGAAAAUCACUGAACUGGGGGGCCAGGAGAGCCAAAAGUAUGCUCUCCGCUGUUUCCAGAUGGCCCGGGUCAUCUUCAACCGGGAUGGCUGCUCAGUCUUACAGAAGCAUUCCAGGGACGCACACUUCUACCCACUGGGGGAAGCGAGUGCUUCUCUAGAUAAUGAAAAGCCAACUCCAGGACUUUCAAAAGAUAUUAUUCAUUUCCUGUUGCAGCAGAAUGUGAUAAAAGAUCCAUAACUGGUGCUGGCAGUGAGAACAGGCAGCAGCGUAGGUACAGCACUGUGGCCGUGCUGUUGUUACCUCCCCCUGCCCCCCGCUCCCAACCUCCCCCCCGCCCCGGGUCCUUUGGGGUCUCUUGACAGCUGUGUGUGCCCAGCCCGCAGCUAAAUGCUUUGCAGUUACACACUGGCACCUGCAAUCUGUCCUGAAGUCAGUCAGCCCCUGUGAAGAAACCUACCUCCCAUGCCACCUCCCAUUCACCCUGGCCAAGGCUGACUGGCAGGGUUAGGAGUCAGAAGCCUGGCUUCCUUGCCUCAAUCUAUGCUCCAGAGUUCUCUCUUCCUAGGAUCAGGCCAAGACUGAGACUCUGCAAGGCAUCAUAGCCUUGCUCUGCUUUACCCUUUCCCCAUCUUCUUCCUGCCAUCUACCUACAGGUGUCUCUGAGAGUCUUUCCUUAAUACACCUCUUAUAUCAGAAUCCCUGGCUCAGGGUCUACCCCUGGGAGAGUCCAACCUAAGAGAACAGGCUUUAGUGGGGUAAGUUUUGUGAAGGGACAAAGCUCUAUACUGAAUCAAGUAUAAGAAUUAAACCAAGUUGUAAGAUGGAGACCACGUGCUUGAGAUCAUAAGUCCUGAAAUAAUAUAGGGAUUUAAAUUUGG